GAGAAGAAGGAGAAGAAGAGAUCAGAAAGAAAAAAAACAAAAAGAAACAAGAAAGAAGCUGCUAUAUAUUACAAGUCGUCCAGUACUACUAGUAGCUAGUAGAAGAAAGUAGCAAAUGAGUUUGCAGAUAUCUGAAUCCUAGUUACUGAAAUUCGUCGACGCAACUUAUAAACAAACAAACAAACAAACAUCAGGUAAUUAAGCUUGAAGAACAUUGAACAUGCAGCUAUCUUCAUCGAGGAUGGCUACCAGUAUUCCUCCGGAAAGGCAUUUGUUUCUGCAAGGCGGAAAUGGUCCCAGGGACUCAGGACUAGUCCUUUCCACCGAUGCCAAGCCCCGCCUCAAGUGGACGCCAGAUCUCCAUGAACACUUCGUCGAGGCAGUCAAUCAACUCGGAGGAGCAGACAAGGCUACUCCAAAAACGGUUAUGAAACUUAUGGGAAUCCCGGGACUCACCUUGUACCACCUAAAGAGUCACCUUCAGAAGUAUAGGCUCAGUAAAAAUCUUCAUGGACAAGCUAACAGUGGGACAACCAAAAUUGGUACGGUAGGUGGUGUUGCUGCAGAUAGAAUAUCAGAAGCGAGUGCGAAUCAGUUGAACAAUCUCAGCAUUGGACCUCAAGCAAACAAAGGCUUUCAUAUAAGCGAAACACUACAGAUGCAAAUUGAAGUUCAGAGAAGGCUUCACGAGCAGCUUGAGGUUCAACGACACUUGCAGCUCCGGAUGGAGGCUCAAGGAAAAUACCUGCAGGCGGUGCUGGAGAAAGCACAGGAGACGCUGGGGAGACAGAACUUGGGGGCAGUGGGACUUGAAGCGGCCAAAGUUCAACUCUCCGAACUGGUUUCAAAGGUAUCGACUCAGUGCCUGAAUUCUGCGUUCGCGGAGCUGAAAGAGGUGCAAGGGGGGUUAUGCAGGCAACCGAAUAGUAGUAACCAAACACAAGGAACAGUAUUAAUUAGGCAGCAGCAGCCCAACAACGACUGCUCGAUGGACAGCUGCUUAACCUCCUGCGAAGGCUCACAGAAGGACCAAGAAAUUGCGCAUAACACGAGCAGUGGGAUAGUGCAGUUGAGACCUUAUAACAACGCUGCUACCACGAGUACUAGUAAUGCAUUCUUGGAGCCCAAAUGGUGCAACGAUGCCAAAGAUAGCGUCAUGUUUCUCUCGGAAACAAGAAUGUUUCCCGUCGAAAGAAGCUCGAACACGGGGGGGUUAUCAAUAGGAAUCGGGCUCGGAGGGGGAGAAAAGGGUGGCGACACCUCUACUUAUUCCCAGGGAGUUAGGUUUAGAGGAACCGGGAGCUCGUGGGAUGUGGAUGAAGACUUUGUGGAUCGAAACACAACUACUGCCAGCGCCAGAUCGGCAGGAUUUCAUGACAAAGCUUCUGAUCAUCAAGCAUGCAGAGUUGCUAAUUAUUUUGCGACAAAUAAAGUGCUGGACCUGAACUCUCAUGAUCAUGAUCAUCAUGAUCAUGAUCAUGAAAAUCAAAAUGAAAAUCAUUCUUCAUCAACCUGCUACAAACAGAUUGACUUGAACGGCUUCGGCUGGAGCUGAGAGAGUGAGCUUAAUUCGUUGGAGUUAGUUCCAUGUGAUUGCAUUUCCCUGAAAAACAUUGGAAUUAAUUAUUUAGUAACGUAACUAAAUAUCAACGAACGAUGAUCUCCCUCAACUACUCUCAUCAUGAUCAGGAAUAUGCCCAGGUGGGGCCCAAUUUAAGGAAAUAUUGUAACGGAUUAUUCAUUCUGAAAUGGAAUAUUAAGGUUGCACCUUUGCAAUUGCACGCACAAGAAAUUAAGUUGAAGUGCGUGCACGUUGAUUAAUUAAGUUAAGUAGACAAACGCCAUAGAUCAUAUAUAGAUUAGACGAGGGAAUUAAAGCACCUACUUAAAUAUCAUCAUUUCAUGACAUUGAGAAUUCCAAGAGAAUUCCAAGUACUGUUGCAAUUCAGAUUUAAUGUCUUGU